UUGUCCAGACAAAAAACCAAAAAUAGAAAGGCGAAGCAGAGCAUUAGACUUCAGAGCAGGCACUGGAGCGGUGAAACGGGGUGUCCGACACGUUAAAAACUCCCUGUUCCUUUCAAAUUAUCUAACUUCUUGAACCCAUUUUUCCUUCUCUCUCACUUCAACUUUUCUAUUCUCUUCUCUGUUGUAUGACAUUCACUGUUUUUCUUUUCCACCUUCAUUUCAAGAAUCAAAUGGAAACGGUAACGAUGUCAACUCCGGAUAUUGCUGAAGUGGAUCAGUUCAGAUGUCGUGUUGAUGAAAUCUUUCAAAAGAUUGAUAAGCUUGAGAAAAAAGUGAAUGAAGUUGAACAGUUCUACUUGAAUGCCAAUAAAAAGAAAAAGAGCAGUUCUAAAGGUAACUCCAUUCGAGAGGAACAAGAUAAGGGAAGGCAUGUUCCAAGCAUUAAAAAGCAGCAGCAAGAUGCAUCCCAACGGGAAUCAACUGCUGCAAAGCGAAUGCAAGAGCUUAUGCGCCAGUUUGGGACAAUAUUGCGUCAGAUCUCACAGCACAAGUGGGCAUGGCCAUUUAUGCAACCGGUAGAUGUCAAAGGUCUUGGUUUACAUGACUAUUACAAGGUUAUUGAAAAGCCAAUGGACCUUGGUACGAUAAAAAACCAAAUGGAGGCUAAGGAUGGUACCGGAUAUAAGAAUGUUCGAGCUAUAUGUGCUGAUGUAAGAUUGGUUUUCGAUAAUGCAAUGAAAUACAAUGAGGAAGGAAGUGAUGUUCAUCUAAUGGCCAAAACUUUGCUGGAAAAAUUUGAGGAGAAGUGGCAGCUUCUUCUUCCCAAAGUUACCGAAGAGGAGAAAAGACGUGAAGAGGAGGAGGCAGAAGCACAAUUAAAUAUACAGCUUGUACGAGAGGCUUCUCAUGCCAAAAGGGUUCAGGCAAUAUCUAAUGAGCUUUAUGAGGUUGAUACACAUCUGGAACAGCUCAGAGAAACCGUUGUUCAAAAGUGCAGGAAAAUGUCAACGAAAGAUAAAAGAAAUCUGGGGACUGCCGUAGCCAGAUUGUCUACAGAGGAUCUUAAUAAGGCAUUGGAGAUUAUUGCUCAAAGUAAUCCAGGGCUUCAAGCAAUGGCAGAAGAGGUGGAGAUCGACAUUGAUGCUCAGAGUGAAUCCACCCUAUGGAGGUUAAACUUUUUUGUAAAGGAUGUUUUUGAAGGUCGUGAUAAGAGUACGGCUGGCAACAACAAGAAGAAACGGAAGAAAGGGAUUUGUGAUGCUAUUGCACAAACCGUCAAGAAAAAGAGUAAAAAGCCUUCCUCUUGAUCACAUCACAUUGGACGAGUGCAACAUAAGAUUCUAUCAAUGGCUAUAUUGCGUGCAUAACAAUUAACCCUUGGAAAGCACGUCUGAAACUUAAAAAAAAAAAAAAAAACAGAUCUCGGCUUCGGCUCGAUAAUGGAGUCUAUCGCGUUUAGCUUUAACAAUUAGACUGUUCGCCAUAAAUAUAACUAGACAUUGAUGUUGUAGGUGGCUCUAAUACCUUGCAAAUUUCCCUGCGAUGAAUGUACUAGAACACUAGACGAGUCUUAGAUAUGGAUGUGACAUCUUGGAUUAUUUGUUACAAAUAUAACUAAAUAUUGAUGUUGUAUGUGGCUUUGAUACAUUUUAGAUCUACCUACGAUGUAUGUCUUGGAACACUAGACGAGUAUUAUAUAUAUAUAUAUGUAAAUGGAAGUCAUGGUGUUUGACACAAAA